CGUCCAAGACCCCGGCAGCCUCUGUCCCCGACUACUCCUUGCGGUGUCCCCUCCCGAUCCUGCGCCGAUGGUCUCGCCCACUCGGAGAGCCGCACACGUGGGUGGCGGCGCGGGGCGGGAGCGGCGAAUCGCUGGCUUGCUGGGCGACCCGGCAGUGCGGCCCGGUUCGGUGUGCGCCGCCGCGGACCCGGCCCCGGUGGAGUGGGAGCGCCAGGCGGCGGCUCCGCGGUGCCGGAGUGUGGUCUGCCUGCAGCCGGCAGCAGCUGGGAGCCUCGCGGCUCGAUGAAGAGGAAAAUGGCUCUGUUAGUGGGACAAAUACCCAGAUGGAUCAACUCAGUUAAACUGAGUACCUUUAUUAAAGCUUCACAAAUCACAAAACAGCCUGCAAGACCAGGAAAAACAUUGUCAAACAUCGUCUCACCUCAGGCUCUGUGGUCCUCUGACAAUUGCUUUCUCCAGUGGGGAGUUAAGACUUACAGGACUUCCUCCUUGUGGAAUAGUUUCCAGUCUGCCAACUCCAGUGGGCAAGAGAAAAGUUCUUCGCAAACCACUCUGCUUCCUGCAGUGAGAGAAAAGCCAGAGAUGGCACCCAGUCUUGAGUCUGAGCUGCCUCUGGAAGGUAAUUCUGGACACUGA